CUGAUGGUAUAUUGUGUGUUUAACUUCGCGUCCAUCUCGGCGAUUUAUGGGGCGUUUACCAUGCUUCCGUUAGGCGAUGCCACGGUGGUGAUAUCCACGACUCCUGUGUUCACCGCGAUUCUGGCGUACCUCGUGUUACUUGAGCCCUGGCACAAGAUGGAUGUCAUCUCUACCGCUAUUUGCUUGUUGGGGGUGGUCCUCAUCACACGACCAACCUUCAUAUUCCACACAGAUUCCUCGAGGGUUCACACGUUCAGUGGCUACAUAGUUGCCCUCCUUGGAGUCAUUCUUCAAUCAGUCACCUUCACCAUGGUGCGAGGUCUCGGCCAGUCUACCAGUUUCCUCACCAACGUUUUCUACUUCGGCUGGUGCAGCGCGCUUCUAUCUGUUAUCUCCAUGUUUGCUUUCCAGAAACCAGUUAUUCCAGAUUGCGGCGCAGCCAGAUGGUCUCUUAUAGCAGUUGGCAAGUGCAUAUAACCUUGACCAGGGAGGAUAUCUGCAUAUCUUCUCUGUUCAUUUUGUAACGGAAAGUAGGGGUUUUCUAAGGAUUUGAUUUUUAUUUUUGUCUUAAUAUAUUCUUUAUAUAAUUGUAGAACUUCUACUUAUAUUUUCAAUAUUUUGAAUUUGUUAUUAAAGGAGUUUUUGGUUUUUCA